CUUUUUCACCUUCGCCUGAAAGCUUUGAACGCCCCGCCUACUUCCCCAUUCCCAUUCAUUUCGAUACAAACCAAGAAGCUAGAUAUUGCUUCUUUCCACACAUCUUUGUUGCUCUACUUCCCAUUUUUCGCCUUCCUCCUUUGUUGCCCUUACAAAUCAAGAGUCUCACUAAUCAAAACAUCAAAGAUCAUAACAGAUGACUUUCAUGGCUACCCAAUCUUUCGCCGCCUCAAUCCCACCGUACCCAGUUUCCAAUCACCACCCUAAACCUCCUCGGCUCCUCUCCCCCAGAAUCCAACCAAUCCCAGCCGUUAAAACCCAGCACUGUGAGUGCUUCAAUCUGUACAAGGAGCUAGUUCCUUACAGGCAAGCCUGGUCUUGGCAGAAGAGCUUAGUCAAAGAGAAGAAGGCUCUGAUUGAGAGGAAUAAGCACUGCCCAGACUCGCUCAUUGUUCUUCAGCAUCCGCCUGUUUAUACAAUGGGCACCGGCAGCUCCGAGAAGUUCCUCAAUUUCGACAUCACGGAUGCGCCGUUUGAUGUUCACCGCACCGAGCGCGGCGGCGAGGUUACAUAUCAUGGUCCUGGUCAGAUAGUAAUGUACCCCAUUAUGAAUCUCCGGAAUCACAAAAUGGAUCUUCAUUGGUACCUCAGGUCACUUGAGGAGGUGAUCAUUCGCGCUCUUUCAAACACAUUUUCUAUCAAGGCCUCUCGGCUUGAGGGCUUAACUGGUGUUUGGCAUGGAAACCAGAAACUAGCAGCCAUUGGUAUACGAGUGUCUCAGUGGAUAGCUUAUCACGGUCUAGCAGUGAACGUGACCACAGAUUUAACUCCUUUUGGUUGGAUAGUACCGUGUGGUUUGCAAAACUAUCAGGUCGGAAGCAUUAGAGGGUUGUUAGGGGAGUUUGAGUCAUUUGACGAUAAUAGAAGAAAACAGCUACCUGAUGCUGAUGAUGGCCAACUACUUGAUAUUGCCUGUAAAUCUUUGAUCAAUGAGUUUUCAGAGGUUUUUCAGGUUGGAAUCAAUUAUGAAACCAUCUCGAGGUUAGAGUUUCUGGAAAGUGAACCUGUAAAGCCUCUAUAAGAGGAAGUAGUUUAGUUGUGGGAUUCAUGCCAAAAAUUGCUGGUGUGAAACAGAUGUUAACACCCGUGAACAUUUUCAUUUCCAAUCUGUUCCUAGAGGAGUUGGUCAUGUCACCAAACAGAAUUACAUAAAAGUUUCA